AUGGGUACUUUCAAACUCCAGAUGAUUAACAAUGGUUUAACAAUGAUCACAAUGGAACUAUACGACUCUCAGUAUCUGCUUAUCUUGGCUCCCUCACUGGUCAUUGUGCUCAUGUUCCUUUUCUUUUGGCUGUUCAUGAAAGAAACCUCGUAUGAUGAAGUCUUGGCGCGGCAAAAACGAGACCUGAAACCUGUAACCAUUCGCCCAGAAACUCGCAAGAAAAGUGAAAAGAAGAAAGGAAAGAAAAAAGAAACUAGUGGAAGCCAUGAAUCUGAUUCUGAGAAUAGGGAUUUUGAUUUGAUUGAGGCUGUUGUUGAACCACCAGAGGAUGAGGAGCACACCACUACUGCUAUCAUACCUUCUGUUAACAAUGAUUUAACUCUGUCACUUCGAGAGAGGAAAAAACGAGAUAAAAAACAGCAGCAGGCGCAGCAGUCAUCUCGGGCUACCCAGGAGGAGCCAAACACCAGAGAGAUGAAUGGCUCCAAACCACUAAAUAAGAAAAAUGAACCAGUUCCAGUAACUAAGCAGCCAACCCCUCCUCCUGAUACAAUGGCCAGCGGGAAGAAGAAAGCUACACAGAAAAAACAGAAGAAUGGCAUAAAUGAUCAACCAGCAGACAUCAAGGUAGAAUCCGUUCCUGCAUCUUUGAAGACGGAGCCUGCACACGCAUUACAAAGCCUUGACCCAAAGCCAUCAGAAAGUGCCAACAGUAAAAAAAAGUCUUCAGUAAAGAAACAAAAACCUGAAACAGUGGAUGAAAUUCUACUCCAAGCAACACCAUAUUUCACUGUAAUGGAUGAUAAUUUAGCUGCACCCCCUGUGGAGAAGAAAAAAGAACCAGUUAUGUUAAUUCAGGAUGUGGCUACAAAAACAAUUUCAAAAAAACUGAAGAAUGAAAUGGAUAAAGAAAAUUUGGAGGUGAAGUUUAAAGACUUCCUGCCAGCCCUGAAAAGCCAAACUCUUUCUGAUGAAGAAGCUGCUAAUAUUUUUGCUGUGUUGAGAGAGAAGAACCCUACAGUUGUUGAUGCUUAUCAAAAGACUAGUAAAGGUGAUUCUGCUCUUCACCAACUUCAGGAGCGAGAUAAACUAUUAUCAGUGUUACAGGAGGAAACUGUAAUGGCAAAGGAAAAAAUCAAACAGCUUACACAGGAGUUAGUUGCUGAGAAGCAGAAAGGAGGUAUGGUUGAGUCCAGGUGGAGAGAAAUGCAAGCUUCCUUGGAGAAGGAUAUGAGUGUUUUACAGGGGAAGGCACAAGGCACCAUUCAGGAGACCCAAGCUAUGCAAAUGAAGUUUCAGCAAGUGAGGGAGCAGCUUGAGAGUCAGAUUAAUCGCUUGCAACAGGAAAACAGCAUAUUAAGGGAUGCUGUUAACGCUGCCACCAGUCAGAUGGAGAACAAGCAGUCGUCUGAGCUCAGCAAGCUUCGUGCAGAUUGUGGGCGACUGAUGACUGAGUUGUCAGAGAAAAACAAGCAACUGCAACAAGAGGACGUUCAGAGAAAGAGCAUGGAAGUGACCUACAAGCAGUUAGAGAGUAAAUUGCAGGAGUCUGAAAGAAGAUGGGAGGAGUUCAUGCACAAAGUGACUGCUGAGCAUGAUAAACUGCAGGCCUCUAAACAAGAGCUUCAAAAUCAGCUCUUAUCAGUAGAAUCUGAGAUUGGCAACAAGAACAAAGAGGUCCAGACACUACGCAGCAGCCUCACUGAAAUGCUAUUGACCAAGGAACAGCUGGAGAAAAGGAUUAUUCAGCUUCUGGAGGCCUCCCAGCUUAAUCGAGCAGAUGAUGCCCUACAAUCACAAGUACAGGAUCUCUUGAAAGACAAGCAGUCUUUAAAGGCACAAGUGGAAAAACUACAAGCUCAAAUUACCUCUCAGGCUUCCACUGCAUCAAUUGUCGAUGAGCUCCACAAAAUAGUGGCAGAAAAGGAAUGCCAGCGGAAAGCCUUGGAAGAUGCUCUUAAUGCAGAACGAAGCAGCAAUGCAAGCCAUGGGUCUGAAAUCCAGAAAGUACAUACUGAAAACAAGACACUAAAUGCAGAAAUUCAGAAACUGCAGACCAAGAUUUCUGAUCAGGCAGCAGCAUUGCAGUCUUUGGAACAGAUACAGAAAAGUGUUCAAGAGAAAGAAGAGAAGGUGAAAACAGUUGAAAGUCUCCUGGAAGUUGGACUGAUCCAAGUUGCAACCAAAGAAGAUGAGCUUAAGGCACUGCGGAAAGAGAACAACACUCUUCAACAAGAAGUCAAAAGCCUUCAGCUGCAGCAAACAGAGCAGAUUUCUUCAAGUUUUCUAGUGGAAGAGUUGCAGAAAACAAUUUUGGAAAAAGAUGGAAAGCUGAAGUCAGUUGAAGAAAUGUUGAAGGCAGAGUUGGAGAAGGUUUCAAGCAAUGAAAAAGUAAUAAAGGACUUGGAGACGCAGAUUUUAUCCAUGGAGGAGGAGGUGCAGUCAGCCAAACAUCAUAAUACUGAGCAGGUCAUUGCAAGAACACAGCUCCAAGAAGUGCAAACAUUGAUGCAGGCAGAAGCAGAGAAGGUGCAGAUACUGGAGCAAAUGGCUGAAGAAAGAAGGAGAGAAGUUGCCACAUUAGACAUGCAGCUUAAGACUAUACAGCAAGAGAAACUUCAGCUCCAGACCCAGCUAGAAGACGAGAAGCAGAGGGCAUCUGUGCUUUUUGAGACCAUACAGAAAGAAAAAUUGCAAUUUGAGGCUCGGUUACAAGAAGAGAAGCAAAGAGAUUUGCAGCAGAUUGAGGCUAUACGCCAGGAGAAAUUGCAGCUCAAGUCUCGGUUAGAAGAGGAGCAGCAGAGAUUGUUGAAGCAGACUGAGGUCAUGCAGCAGGAGAUGCAACAACUCCAUACGCAGUUGGAAGAGGAGCACUACAGGACAUUACAACAUGUCCAGAGUAAGCUUAACACUUCAGCAACAAAUGAAGACUUAUUGGCCACCUUGGCUGAACAAAAAGAGAAAGUUUCUGAUUUGGAGGGUAAGCUGGCAGCCAUGACAGACUCUGUGGAAAUGUACAGAAAAAAGAACAAUGAGCUUCGUGAGAAAAACUGGAACGCGAUGGAAGCUCUUUCAUCCACAGAGUCUGUGCUGCAGGGGAAACUCAACAAGACAGUCAAGGAAUAUCAGAAAACACUGUCAUCCAUUGAAGCCCACAUGCGAGAUGUUUUUCAUAGAUUACUUCCAGCUUUACCUCUGCGUAAACAGUCAAACUAUUCACAGUUGCUACAGGAAUUUGAAGAAGCUGCAAGAGAUGUACUCCUUUCAAAUGCUGAAAACACUAAAGCUAAGUUGUUAGAGGAAGAGUUAAAGGAAUCCGAGGAAAGUUAUAGAGUACUUCAGAAUGAAUGUGACACAUAUAAGAAAGUGCUGGCAGAAACGGAGGGCAUUCUGCAGAGAUUACAGGAUAGUGUGGAACAAGAGGAGUGCCGCUGGCGAGCCAAGCUGGCGGCUGCCGUCAGUGAGCUGGGACAGGUGCGAAUGAAGUCAGAAGAUCUACAGAAAGAGGUUUUGCAGCUGAAAGACGAGCAUAAGGAACUAGAAAAUUUGCGGCAGGAGAGGCAGCAUCUUGAAGCAGAUUUGGAGAUGGCAAGACAGGAGAGUGCCACCUACAUAUCAGAAGUCAGUGAGUUGAAAGAUCUGCUGACUGAACUAAAGAGCAAGCUUGACGGCUCAUAUUGUGAGGCAGUGAGACAAAAUGAAGAGCUGAAUGUGUUAAAAGUACAGCUUAAUGAAAAGUUAGCCCAGUUGGAGGAUGAAGAACGUGAGCGGAAAAAAGUUGCUGGUGACCUGUACAAGGCCCAACAGUCUUUGGACCUGAUACAAGCUGAGAUCCUUCGAGAGUCCAUGGAGGCAGGACUCAUACAAAAUAACAGUGUAACUACAGAGAAGUUGGAGAUGGAUCAGAAGGAGAGUCUGCCAACAAGUCUGAAUCAGACAGUAAGGGAAUUGCAGCAGCUAUUGCAUGGGGUCAACCUGCAGCUAAGCAAGCACCAAAGGGAUGAAGACAAACACACAGUGGAAAUGUAACUCCUACCCAGGAACUUUUGGGUCCUCAGCCUUACUGCAGUCUCCAUUGUUCUCCUUCACCUCUCCCUUUCUGAGCUUUUAGUCAUGAACACUGAAUGUUGGAUCACAAGUAAAGUACAUGCCUGUCCCACUGGGCAGAGUACUGAACCUGGAAGAGAAGCGCAUGGUGACAGCGGUGGACAUAAAAUAUCUUCAUCUCUUCUAUUUCCUGCUCAAGUCACUUUUUAUACAAGUCUUUCCUUUUUCCAUUAAAAUCUUGUUACAGAUAUACUGUCUUAAAUAUUUGUGAGUUUUUAGAAAAUUUUCUUUGUUAAAAGAACACUCACUUUAUACAAUAAUCGGUUACAGUGCUCUUGGGAUAACCAACAAUCUGUAGCUUUGUAGCACUGGCUUUGUUACUUGGGUAGGGGGGAAGAUACAUGGUUAAAUCUUACUAGGUUAGAAUUUACCAGCUUGUACCUAUUUUUCUUGGCUUGGGUUCAAGUUCUGUCAUAGAUACUCAGAAGAGCAGGAUGGCAGAGAGUGGGGCAUGGCUGUACCAGAAUUAAAAUGUGAGAAAUUUUCUGUCGGGCACCUCUUAUUUUUACUUUUGGGUACAAAUGUCUUCUGUCUUUAAUCUCUUGUCAACACUCCACAUAUUACAGCUAAUUUAAUUAAUACUGAUCCGUUGGUUUCUUUUUUGUAAAAGGUGAAAGUAAAAAUAAAAGGGAUGCUUAAUAUGC